AUGACGAAGAUUGAUUGGGGGUUGAAUGGGAGUGGGUUGAAAAAAGCUAUGCUAUCGGCUUUCAGAAAUGUUUCACGUGUUUCUGCCUACGGCACCAGGAUGCGUGCGGUUGCCGUGAUGUUGACCUUAUGUUUAUCUUGCAUGUCACCAGGUCUGGCGUCCUCCGGAGAUCGUUCUUAUGUCUUUUUCAUGUGUAACAGAAGGUGUCUGAGCAGUCUGUGUAAUCGGUCAAAUAAUGCAGGUUCACCGGAUUGGAAUAAGGUUCACCCAGUCGGCAUGCUUGAAGAUACCAUUCGCUGGAAUUGCCCUAGAGAGUGCAGAUAUCGUUGCAUGUGGAAAACGGUUGAGGCGUUUGUGUCGGAUGGCCUGCCCACUCCACAGUUUUAUGGCAAGUGGCCUUUCUUACGGCUGCUGGGAAUACAAGAGCCGGCUUCUGCACUGUUUUCAGCACUGAACUUACUCCUACAAUUUCGUUAUCUUGCACUGUUGUGCCUGCAAUUCGACAAUCGCCUUCCGAUGUUCAAAUACUGGAUAGCACAGUAUUUGGGUUCCAUAAACGCCUGGUUAUGGUCAGCUGUAUUUCAUACUUGUGAUGUACCGUUCACUGAGAAAAUGGAUUAUUUUAGCGCGACGGCCUUCGUUAUGGCCUCAAUAAUAACACUUCAGAGACGGGUAUUCCCCCAACAUCCCUUGCUGAACUACGCGCUACCGUUGAUGGUGAUGGGAAUUUUCUUGCGACAUGUGAAUUAUAUGCUUGUCCGUGAAUUUAACUACACAUACAAUAUGAUGUUCGGCGUUACCUUUGGACUCAUCAACUGCUGUGGUUGGCUCCUUUGGUCAUUGUUCUGCGACCGAAAACAACAAGCAUACGUUCUUAAUUGUCGGGUUUCGAUUCUGUGUUUGAUGAUUUCUAUGUCGUUGGAGCUAUGGGAUUUCCCCCCAGUCGGGUGGGUUCUCGACGCACAUGCUUUAUGGCAUGCCUCCUCGAUCGUGGUAGCUGUGACCUGGUACCGGUUCGUCAGGGCUGACUGUUUAUUUCAGCAACAUCAGAAGAAGGCGUUUUAGCCCAUUACCCGUUUCCCGUAGACUGACGCUUUGUGUUGUAUAAAGUUAUUAGGUUUCCCAUUAGCUUCAUUCUAAUUCCCGGUCUUAUAUCUUAUAUUCCUGUAAAUUUGCCUUGUUCCCGAACUAACUGGAUGCAUAUUGCCACGGAAGUACACUGUCUUUCAGCGGUCAUUUCAAGCUACCUUAUUAUACUAUUUGUC